AUGAACAACCAAAAAGGUGCUAGACUAGCCAAUAACGGCUCUGUGAAUCUUAAUAAUAGAUCAUCAUCAAAUCCAUAGGACAGCAGUGCAGUAAACUAAUUUUUAAAUGAUGGUGAGGGAGGAACCAAAAUGAAACUAGAUAUUCGCAGAGAUAGAUAUGGCAAUUCUAUUAAAUUGGGUUCUAAGCAACACAAGAUCUCCUUCAAAGAUCAUCUUAAUAAGGAUGACUAGCUUUCUGAUGUUUAUGAAGUUGAAAGCUGGAAAAAAUAUAACGCUAUGGAAAGCGGUGAAGAAGAAAGUUUCAAAUGCAAAUGCAUUAUUUUUUGA